UUUCUGUGUUUGUUCUGUUUGAAGUUAAAAUCUUUUUUUAAUCCAGAGAGAGAGACAGAGAGGUCUGAUUGUCUCAGUCUAUUAUAUGUCGGCUUGUUCACAUAAAUAAAAAGCUGCCUUUGCUUUUGCUUUUGCUUCUGUUUCGUUCUCUGAUUUCUCGGCGAUAAGUCAGUUUUCCUUCUGGCUUUUUCUUUUUUUGAUCCCCAAGUGAAAUGGGAGAUUUCCCAUUUUUUUGUUUUUGUGAAUUGUAAAGUGGGAAUUUGGAUUCCUUUCCCUUAACAUUCUGAUUUUCUCUCUCUUUUGGGUUCUUUUGAGUUUGAUUUUUCAUGGAGAAGAUUCAUCCACUGGAUUUUUGGAAGAAGAGAAAAUAGCUGGGAAAGGAAAAUCUUCUAUGUGUUUGCUUUGUUUAGUGAGUAAUUUCAGUGCAAGUUAGUUAGUAAGUUAGUUAGGGUUUGAUUUAUUGAAUUGAAUGAGAUUCUGGUAUUUGUAAAAGCAUUGAAGUCGAUUCUUGUAAGUGAAGUGAUUAUGCAAUUAUUGGAGACGGAACUAUAGCUGGGUUAUGGUGAAAAUAACAGAAGUUUGGUGUAGAGAAGUGUAUGGUUAAUAUCUUUGUGAAAGAAAACAAGUGAUUGGAUUUCCUAAAGGAACAGUUUUUACCAUUAGUACUCUGCAAAAUGAAGGCUCCUCCAAAUGGUUUUAUGUCAAAUUCUGCAGAAGGAGAAAGGAAGAGUAUUAAUUCAGAGCUAUGGCAUGCAUGUGCGGGGCCGCUGGUCUCUCUGCCUCCAGUUGGAAGUCUUGUAGUUUACUUCCCCCAAGGCCACAGUGAGCAAGUCGCAGCAUCUAUGCAAAAGGAGACUGAUUUUAUACCAAGCUAUCCCAACCUUCCUUCCAAGUUGAUUUGUAUGCUUCAUAAUGUCACAUUGCAUGCUGAUGCAGAAACUGAUGAGGUCUAUGCUCAGAUGACCCUUCAACCUGUAAGCAAAUAUGACAAGGAAGCAUUACUGGCAUCUGAUAUGGGCCUCAAGCAAAGCAGGCAACCUGCCGAAUUCUUUUGCAAAACUCUCACAGCUAGUGACACAAGUACACAUGGUGGAUUCUCCGUACCUCGCCGAGCAGCUGAGAAGAUUUUCCCACCACUAGAUUUUUCAAUGCAACCACCUGCCCAGGAGCUGGUAGCCAGGGAUUUACAUGAUAAUACAUGGACAUUUAGACAUAUUUAUCGCGGCCAACCAAAACGACAUCUGCUGACUACAGGUUGGAGUGUGUUUGUCAGCACAAAAAGACUUUUUGCCGGUGAUUCUGUUUUAUUUAUAAGAGAUGAAAAGUCACAGCUCCUCUUGGGCAUUAGGCGUGCUAAUAGGCAACAGCCAGCACUCUCUUCGUCAGUCAUAUCCAGCGACAGUAUGCAUAUUGGAAUUCUUGCUGCUGCAGCCCAUGCUGCUGCAAAUAACAGUCCAUUUGCUGUAUUUUACAAUCCAAGGGCAAGCCCUGCUGAGUUUGUGAUUCCCUUCUCCAAGUAUAACAAGGCAAUGUAUACACAAGUUUCACUGGGCAUGAGAUUCAGAAUGAUGUUUGAGACGGAGGAGUCAGGAGUUCGUAGGUACAUGGGCACAAUCACUGGCAUCAGUGAUUUGGAUCCAGUGAGGUGGAAAAAUUCACAAUGGCGCAAUCUUCAGGUUGGAUGGGACGAGUCAACUGCUGGUGAACGGCCAAGCCGAGUUUCAAUUUGGGAAAUUGAACCCGUUGUAACUCCUUUCUACAUUUGUCCACCUCCAUUUUUCAGACCCAAGUUCCCUAGACAGCCAGGGAUGCCAGAUGAUGAGUCUGACAUUGAGAAUGCUUUUAAAAGGGCCAUGCCCUGGCUUGGAGAUGAUUUUGGCAUGAAAGAUUCCCCAAGCUCAAUUUUUCCUGGUUUGAGUUUAGUUCAGUGGAUGAGCAUGCAACAAAAUAAUCAGUUUCCAGCUGCUCAAGCAGGAUUCUUCCCACCAAUGCUUCCUUCCAAUGCCUUGCACAAUAGCCUUGGCUCUGAUGAUCCGUCGAAGAUAUUGAAUUUUCAAGCACCUGGCCUUUCGGUACCAAGCCUCCAGUUUAACAAAGCGAACCCACAAAACCAAGUCAGCCAGUUGCCACAGACAUCAAUGGCAUGGACUCAGCAGCAGCAACUGCAGCAAUUACUGCAGAGUAAUGUCAACCAGCAACAACCAUCAAAUCCUCAACAGCAACAGCAGCAACCUCACCCCCAGCAGCAACAACAGAGGCAGCAACCACAACCAACACAGCAACAACUGAACCAACAACAGCAGCCGCAGCCGCAGCCGCAGCCGCAGCCGCAGCCUCAGCCUCAGCCUCAGCCACAGUCUCAACAAAUACGACAACAGCCUCCACAAUUGCAACUGCAGCAGCAGCAGCAGAUAUUCCAAUCACCACCAGUAAAUAAUGGUGUGGUUACCUCUAACCAAAUUCCAAAUCAAAAUUUGCAGCAACCAAUUGUAUACUCUCAGCUGCAGCAGCAGCAGCUACUGGCAAGUAAUAACCAAUCCCAGAACAUUCCAUCUGCUAAUAAGAACUCAUAUCCACUGACCUCUUUGCCACAAGACCCCCAGUUCCAGCAACAAAUGGAGCAGCAAUCUAACCUCUUACAGAGACACCAGCAGCAGACACAGCUGCAACAGUCUCCCCUGCAGUUGUUGCAACAAAAUCUGUCACAGAGGGCACAGCCACAAUCACAGUCACAGCCACAAGCGCAACAACUGUCGCAGCCUGGCCUCUCAGAUCAACAGCUUCACUUGCAGUUGCUGCAGAAACUUCAGCAACAACAGCAGCAGCAGCAGCAGCAGCAGUUGCUUUCCCCUUCAAGCUCACCUUUGCAACCUCAAUUGAUACAACAGCAGACCCAUCAACAAAACCUGCAGUUCCAGCAGUCAACUAUUUCACAGAGCCAGCAGCAACCACUCGGUAGCAACAGCUUCUCAACGGCAGCACUCAUGCAAUCACAAUCUUUUCCUGUCAGCCAGCACCAUGCCCUUCAGAAAUCUCCAACAAUUAGAGCUCAUUCCACUCUUACAGAUGGAGAUGCUCCAUCUUGUUCAACCUCACCAUCCACUAAUAAUUGCCAGAUUGCACCAUCAAAUUUCCUGAACAGAAACCAACAAGCACCUGCUAUAUUGAUGGGGGAUUCAGUGAUUGAGCCUGCAACAAAUCUUGUUCAAGAGCUCAAUAACAAGUCUGAUAUUCGGGUUAAGCAUGAGUUUCCUGGUUCAAAAGCAUCAGACCAACUAAAAUACAAAGGUACAAUAACAGAUCAAUUGGAAGCCUCCUCGUCUGGGACAUCAUAUUGUCUCGAUGCUGGAAACAUCCAGCAAAAUUUCUCACUCCCCACCUUUGGUUUGGAUGGUGAUGUCCAAUCACAUCCUCGGAACAGUCUGCCUUUUGCAACUAAUAUUGAGAGCUUGGCGCCUGAUACUUUGUUGACAAGGGGAUAUGACUCUCAAAAAGAUCUUCAAAACUUGCUAGCUAAUUAUGGUGGGACUCCAAGAGAUAUUGAGACAGAAUUGUCCACUGCUGCAAUAAGCUCUCAGUCAUUUGGGGUGCCAAUCAUGCCCUUCAAGCCUGGAUGUUCAAAUGAUGUUGCAAUCAAUGACUCUGGGGUUUUGAAUGGUGGAUUGUGGGCCAAUCAGACUCAACGCAUGCGAACAUAUACAAAGGUUCAAAAGCGUGGCUCAGUGGGCAGGUCUAUUGAUGUCACCCGGUAUAAAGGGUAUGAUGAACUUAGGCAUGACCUAGCUCGCAUGUUUGGAAUUGAAGGGCAACUAGAAGAUCCACAAAGUUCUGACUGGAAGUUAGUUUAUGUGGAUCACGAAAACGACAUACUACUUGUUGGCGAUGACCCUUGGGAGGAAUUUGUUAGCUGUGUUCAGAGCAUAAAGAUCUUGUCAUCUGCCGAAGUGCAACAAAUGAGUUUAGAUGGUGAUCUUGGUAGUAUGCCAGUUCCAAAUCAAGCAUGCAGUGGGACUGACAGCGGAAAUGCAUGGAGAGGACACUAUGAUGAUAACUCAGCUGCCUCAUUUAAUAGAUAAAGAGUCCGAAAUUGAAAGUAUGAGCUAGUGCCACAAUUCCCACUAUGGUCUUCUACAAACCUUUUGGCUGCACAGCAACAACCGCAUGGCACCUAUCAACUCAGGUGAAAACAGCUGACCCUUCCUUGAGGAACACUAGUACUGGAGAAAAAGUUGUUGCUCAGAGAUGGCAUCAAUCAUGUGUGAUCUCUAAAUCAUCGGUGCUGCUGGAGUUUGAGCUCUUUGUAAAAUAGUGGCAUCAGGUGCUACAUUCAUAGGUGCAGCUGUGGUGUUACCAUUUUCCAUAAUGUUAGAAUCUACUUUGCAAAUUCUGGCUUUCCAAUAUUAAAUGGAAGGAAACUGGUAACGUAGGAGGGAAAUAGAAUUUUGGAAGUACAACGGAAAGGAAAGACAAAGAAUAGAUGUAUAAUAUGAUCUUUACCUAAUUUGAAGCUCUGACAAACACUUGUAAAUGCUUUGACGGUAACUGUCUCAAUUACAGAUUCAGUUUGUACUGUUAACAGAAUUCUCUCUUCUGUUUUUUCUUCCUUUUGUAGAUCUAAAAUUCUUGAAAGGGAUGUGAGUUAUGAAUUGCGAAUUCAUUGGAGCUUUUGCAUUAUGAAAAUGUUCAAGAAAAUAAACA